UGGUCUUAGUGGUCAGAUCCUUCUCAAAACCCAAAAUGUCUCUCUCAACUUUGAAAUCUGAAGAAAAUGGCGAGCUUCAACCUGAAACCAUUGUUAUUUCAGGCAUGGCUGGCCGUUUUCCGAAUUCUGACAACAUCUACGAAUUCCGUGAUAACCUCUUCAACAAAAUUGACCUUGUGAGUGAUGAUGCCCGUCGUUGGGCUGCUACCCACGCCGAAAUCCCCAGCACCGGAAAAGUCAACUUAGUUGAAAAAUUCGACGCAGGUUUCUUCGGAGUUCAUCAACGUCAAGCCCACACCAUGGAUCCAAUGUGUCGUAUGCUCCUAGAACGUACUUUUGAAGCUGUCAUGGAUGCUGGUAUCAACCCUAAAGAACUACGUGGUACUGACACAGGCGUGUUCAUAGGAGCUUGUUUCUCAGAAUCUGAGAAAACUUCAUUCUAUGAAAAUUUAGAUCCUGAAAAGUAUGGUAUCAUGGGUUGUACUAGAUCCAUGUUGGCAAAACGCAUCAGUUACUGGUUCCAACUUCAAGGGAGAAGUUUCAUCACUGAUACAGCUUGUUCCAGUUCCCUGUUUGCUUUGGAGCAUGCCUACAGAGCUGUCAAAGAAGGUAACUGCAACAUGGCUAUAGUCGGAGGGUGUAACCUAUGUCUACAUCCAGUGGUUUCACUACAAUUUGCUAGACUGGGUGUUUUAAGUCUUGAUGGAGCUUGUAAGUCAUUUGAUAACUCUGCAAAUGGUUAUGCUAGAUCAGAAGCUAUCUCAGUGGUGAUUCUCCAGAAAAGUAAAGAUGCCAGGAGGGUCUACGCUGAGAUAGUCCACAGUAAAACCAAUUGUGAUGGAUAUAAAGAACAAGGUAUCACCUAUCCAUCUGGGAAGGUCCAAAAAGUCCUUCUGGAAGAUUUUUAUCAGGAAUGUGGGGUUGACUCAUCUGGUUUGACCUAUGUUGAAGCUCAUGGUACAGGAACUAAAGUAGGAGACCCUGAAGAACUGGGAACCCUUGAUGAGAUCUUUUGUAAGAACCGUAAACAUCCUCUUUUGAUUGGUUCUGUUAAAUCUAACAUCGGGCAUAAUGAACCCAUAUCCGGGUUGUGUUCAGUGGUCAAAGUGGUGCUUGCUUUUGAGACUGGGUACAUACCACCUAAUAUUCACUACAAUACCCCGAGACAAGGUGUGGAAGCCUUGGAAACUGGUCGUAUGAGGGUUGUUAACAAAACACCUCUGCCAGAUGAUAAAGGGAUAAUUGGUAUUAACAGUUUUGGGUUUGGAGGGGCAAACAGUCAUCUACUCCUACGUUGGAAUAAGAAACAAAAACAACCAUGUGGAGAUGCCCUACCACGUUUGGUUUGUUUAAGUGGACGUACCCUGGAAGCAUUGGUUUAUUUGAUGGACAAUAUUCAAGGUUAUUUUGAUCAGGAGAUGAUUGCUCUGUUGCAGAAAGCUUACCAGAAUACAAUUUCUGGACAUUGUUAUAGAGGAUUUUUAGUGGUGACCAAACAAGCCACUUUGGCAAAAUCAACUUUUAAACAUGAUGAAGACACUAAACCUUUGAAACUUAUAUUUGGACAUUUGGAGGAAUACCUGAAAUUUGGAAGGCAUUUAUUCAAUAUACCCAUGUUUGCAGCCCAUGUUAAAAAGGUGCAGAAUUUCUUGAAAACCAAAAAUCUACUUGAACCAAGCUAUCAAAAUCUUCAGAAUAACCAUUUAGGUGCUUUCAUAUUACAUUCUGGGAUAUCCCAUAUUCUGAAAGAGUUGGGUAUUAAACCAGAUGUGGUUACAGGGUUAGACCUACCUGGAAAAUUAGCUGCCCAAUAUUUUGAUUCAUUAUUAUCUUUAGAGGAAUGUUUAUUAAAACUUCUUACCACCAAAUCUGACAUUGACCAAAAUGAAGACCCUGAAAACCUUUCUAAUGAAUUGGAUUAUACUCAACUAGUGAUUGGAGGUCAUGAAACUGUGACCAAAUACGAUAUACAUUUGAUUGACCCUAAAAUUGAUUCACUUUUGAGUUUUCUCCAAGGUCUUGGCCAACUUUACCAACAAGGUUAUGAUUUAACCUUAGAAAACCUCUACCCUAAGAUUCAUUGGCCCGUUGGUCGUGGUACCGCAAUGAUUUCACCUUUAAUCAAAUGGGAUCACAGUAAAAACUGGUUUGUUACUGUGUACAAAGCAGAAGACAAGACUAAAUCUGGUCAACGUGUCAUUGAACUAUCCCUACGUGAUGAUGAAUGGACCUUUUUGAAAGGGCAUGUCAUAGAUGGACGUUGUCUAUUCCCAGCUACAGGCUAUUUGAUCUUAAUCUGGGAAACCCUAGCCAGGGUCGUUGGUAAAUUAACAACUGACAUGAAAAUAGUUUUUGAAGAUGUCAAGUUUCUCAGGGCAUGCACUGUACCAACUAAAGGUCUAUUGGAACUAAUCCUAAACAUUCGUAAAGGAUCUGGUUAUUUUGAAAUAGUUGAAGGUGGGUCCCAAGUUGUAACUGGACGUAUUUAUGAAGACCUUGGUAUGUCCAAAGAAUGGGAACCAUUGAGUACACCUCAAGAACCCACUUCAGAUUUAGAAUAUCUCCAUGAGAAGGAUAUUUAUAAAGAACUACGUUUGAGAGGUUAUAAUUACAAAGGAGACUUCAGGGCACUUAAAAUGUGUAAGUUGGAUACUACAAUGGGUAAAAUAACAUGGACAGGGAACUGGAUCCCUUUGAUGGAUUGUAUGUUACAAAUGCAAAUCAUGUCUGAAGACACCAGGAACCUCUACGUCCCAACCAGAAUCUCAAAAAUUUUAAUUGACAGCGCUAAACAUAUCAAAACAGCCAAAUCUUUAGCUAAGGAUAUUGAAGAUCAUCCAAAUGUCCCUGUGUAUUUCUACAAAGAUUUAAACAUUAUCAGGUGUGGUGGAAUUGAGGAGGGAUUAUGGGCUUCAUCAAUUGCUAAACGUAAUCAAGCAGACCCAGUUUUGGAAACUUACAAAUUCAGUCCAUAUUUUACUACAGAAAAGCAACCAAUUGAAGAUGUGGUGAGACAAUUUGUUCAGAUAGCCCUGGAGAAUGAACCUGUUGUCAAUCUAAAAUCUGUAGAAGUUUUAAAUGAGAAACCAUUACAAGGUGAUAUUGUAUGUUUAUCACAAUAUAUUAAAAUGGCUCUAAAGGAUCAACCAGUUGUCAAAGCCCAGUUGAUUGUAUUGAGUAACAGGGAUGUUGAUGCUGGUAUUGGAAUAUCUGUAGAAGAUAAAAAGAUCAAUGCUGAGUUUGAUUGUUAUUUUGGGAUCGCACAAAAUUUAUCAAAGGAUUUAGAUUUAUCAAGAUCAUUGAUCAACAUAUUGAAACCCAAGAGUUUUGUUGUUUCCAUUGAGGACCUAAACAGGGACAGCUUUGAUAUUGAAGGAUUGGAUGUGAUAUCUUCUCAUUCAACAGACCAUUACAAAUUGGUGUUGUUAAAACCUAAAACAAACCUGAAUUCAACCCAAAAACAUCAAAUAAUUGAAUUGUCUGAAAUGGAUUGGUUUGAUCCAUUACAGACCACCUUAAAAACCGAUGAUCCAGUGAUACUAUGGUCUAAUGAUCCACAAAGUGGUAUUUUGGGUCUUGGUAACUGCCUUAGAAGAGAACCUAACAUGUCUGAAAGAGUUACCUCCUUUUGGUUACCACCACAAGACCAAUUUUCAUCAGAAAACCUAAACCUACAACAACAGGUAUCUAAAAACUUAGCUGUCAACAUCCUCAGGGACAACCAAUGGGGUUCUUACCGCCAUUUCAAACUCCCAGCUUCUUCUGGUCAUGUAAACGUAGAACAUUGUUAUGUAAACGUAACAAACCGUGGAGAUCUCUCAUCCCUGAAAUGGAUACAAGGUCCUUUAACCCAUGACACCAACCUACAACCAGAACAAAAAUUGGUUCAUGUUUAUUACGCUGCUAUUAACUUCAGGGAUAUUAUGACAGCAACAGGGAGGAUUCAAGCUGAUGUUGUUACCAGAAACAGACUAGAACAAGACUGUGUCCAAGGGUUUGAAUACGCUGGAAGGACUUCAGAAGGUGUAAGGGUUAUGGGUAUGAUGACCCGUAAUGCAAUGGCAACCUUAGUCCCUGCAGAUGUUAAUUUAUUAUGGAAGGUACCUGAUGAUUGGAGUAUGAAAGACGCUGUUACAGUACCAGCUGUAUAUGGGACAGUGUUAUAUGGGUUGAUCCAAAGGGCAAACCUACGUAAAGGCGAAAGUAUAUUAAUUCACUCCGCUACUGGUGGUGUGGGCCAUGCUGCUAUCUACGUAGCAAGUUAUUUUGACUGCAAAAUAUUUGUAACUGUCGGAACUGAAGAAAAGAAGAAAUAUAUCAAGAAGACCUUCCCAUGGAUCAAAGAAGACCAUAUAGGGAAUUCAAGGGAUUUAAGUUUCCUCCAGAUGAUUCUAAAACACACCAGCAAUCAAGGUGUUGACUUGGUAUUAAAUUCAUUAGCAGAUGAAAAACUACAGGCAUCUGUAAAGUGCCUGAAAAAAGGUGGUAGGUUUGUGGAGAUAGGAAAAUAUGACCUUGCUGCAGAUUCAAGGUUAUCAUUAGACCUUAUUGAAAAAGAAGCUUGUUACCAUGGAGUUAUGUUGGAUGCUCUGUUUGAAGCAGAUCCCACUGUAAAAAGAUCAAUUAGUGAUCUUCUUCAGGAAGGUAUCAACCUAAAAUACAUCAAAGCUUUACCAACUACGUGUUUCAACAAUGAUCAACUAGAAGAAGCAUUUAGAUACAUGGCAACUGGUAAACACAUGGGUAAAGUGGUCAUAGAAGUCAGACCUGAGGAACCUACCCUGAUUAAACCUCCGCCUAUUCAGAAAUUCAAAGCCCAGGCGAGGUUUUAUUGUAGCCCUGAUAAAAUCUAUAUUAUUAAUGGUGGUCUAGGAGGAUUUGGUCUUGAGUUGAUUGAUUGGUUAGUCCUCAGAGGUGCAAGGCAUAUCAUAAUCAACUCACGUAGAGGUAUCUCUUCAGCUUACCAGAAACUAAGGUUACAAACCUGGAGACAUUAUGGGACUGAUAUUAAGGUAUUCACUGAAGACCUGAGUACUUUACAGGGAUGUACAUCACUUUUAACCUCUGCAAAAGAGUUAGAUAUGCCUGUGGCAGCCAUUUUUAAUUUAGCUGUCUUGUUGAAGGAUUCUUUGUUUGAGAACCAAACCCAGGAACAAUUUAAAACCGUUCUAGAUCCUAAAGCUACAUCAACUAUAAAUUUAGACAAGGUAUCAAGGAUUAUUACACCAGAAUUGGAACAUUUUGUGGUAUUCUCUUCAGUAUCCUGUGGAAGAGGUAAUGCAGGUCAAACAAACUAUGGUCUAGCUAAUUCUAUCAUGGAGAGGAUUUGUGAACAACGUCAUUCAGAUGGAUUACCAGGAUUGGCUAUCCAAUGGGGUGCUAUUGGAGAUGUUGGGCUUGUAGCUGAUAUGCAAGAAGAAAACACUGAGUUAGUAAUUGGUGGUACCCUCCAACAAAAGAUACAUUCUUGUUUAGAUGCCCUAGAUGGGUUCCUAAGACAAAAAGAUCCUAUUGUUGGUAGUAUGGUUGUAGCUGAGAAGAAAAGUGGAUCAGGUGGGGCAAACAACAUUGUAGACGCUGUUGUUAACAUCCUAGGUCUUAGAGACCUGAAAACAGUUAGUCAUCAUUACCUUCCUGAAUUGGGUAUGGAUUCAAUGAUGGCAGUUGAAAUCAAACAAACUUUAGAAAGAGAAUAUGAUGUAUUCCUAUCUCCACAAGAUAUUCGUGGUAUGACCUUUUCUAGACUACAAGAAAUUGCUCUACAGAAAAGUUCUGAUCAACAAGAAGUUGUUGAAGACCUACCAAAAGGUGUUAAAGUAUUGUUGAGGUUCAUCGCUAAUGAAUCCGAAGCGGAUAUACCUAUUGUUCAUUUGGUUGAAGGUAAUCCCAUGGAAAAUGGUGUUCAAUUAUUCCUGUUACCUGGUAUUGAAGGUAUGGCUACACUUUUUGAUCCGAUGGUAGAACACCUGACAGUAUCUACUAUGUGUACACAGUUUUGUUAUACUGAUCCUGAAGAUACCAUUUUGGAAAUGUCAAAAAAUCAAGUGGAGUUGAUAAAAGGAUUGAUUCAAACAGAAUUUUGUAUUGCUGCACAUUCAUUUGGUUCAGCAGUAGCUUUGGAGGUUGUAGCCCAGUUAGAAAAACUAGGUUUUAAAGGUACCCUCAUUUUAUUGGAUGGAGCACCUUCUUUCAUGAAAGAUCUGAUUAACCAACUUGUGGUUACAACUGAAGCAGAAUUUCAAACAAGUUUACUAUGUUCACUCAUGUCAGUAUACCUACCCUUUGAUGUCAUCAUUAAAUACAAGAAUCAAAUGUUACAAUGUGAUACCUAUGACCAACGUAUUGAUGCUGCUUUGGCAGUAGCUCCCAAACAACUACCACAUCGCCCUGAAUACAUGAAAAGGGUAUGCCAAGCUGCUUUCAAACGGAUGAAAGCCAUCUACAACUAUGAACCUUCUUUUGGAACACUUGUCAAAGUACUCCUCUUCAGACCAAGUAAUUCCAGCAUGUUAGACAUUGAAGAAGAUUAUGGUCUUUCUCAGGUGGUAGGUCGUGAUGUAGAAGUGAGGUUCUACGAAGGUAACCAUGUCAGUAUCCUGGAGAAUGUAGAUAUGAUUCUGGACAUUAACAAAAUAGCGCAGAACAUUAACCUCAAAAAGAAUACAGUUGAUAAAGAAAGUGGAAAGAUUCAGGGAUUGAUAACCAUACCUGAAAACCUACCUGAACAAACAAUUUCUUAGGUUAUAUUAAAAUGGUUUGAUGGUGUGUACAAAUUUAGUGUACAAAUGGUUCAAAUGUGAUGGAAUUUUAUUUAAACAUAACUUAUUCUCUAAUAAAAUAAAAUUAAAAAUA